CGCAAGGUAAAGGACCACAGGAGCGGCACUUAGGUAGGAUCCCCCAGCAAACGCGGAUGCCUCUGGGGGCCCAGUGACGUGGCCUCCUCCAGCCAGCCAGCCUAGGGCUCUGCAUUACGUUCUGGGGAGCCUAGCCGCCCGGGUGCCUGAAAGCUCAGAAGGAGGUCCUUGUGGCCGUCAAGCCGAGGUUUCCUGGGGUUCAUCCUGUCAGGGAAAUUCCAUCUCCUCAUUUUACUUCUCUUUAUCCUCUUCCCAUUCCUCAGGUUCGCGUGCGGGUGGAGCAGCCUCCAAAGACUACCUGAUUUGGAGCACUCCGGGUUCCUCUCGUCCGUGGAAUCGCCUCAGCGCCAUCCCCUUUGUGCUUUGCCAGUCCCGUUCUAGAAGAAAUGGCUUCUCCAGAGGAUGCCUACAACCUUAAGGGUAAUUCCAAACAUAGUUUCUAUAGCUCCAUAAACCCUGAAUUUGCAGCCAUAGCUGAGGGUCAGAAUAAUGAGACUGAGGAAGCAAACGAGGGCCAGAGAAGCUGGGGUAGACAGCAAGACCAAGGCUCUUCAAUGAUAUACGUGAAGGAGAUCCAGGGCAUCCUGGGAACAUCGAUGCCAGAAAGAGAGGCUGCCACUAGUACAAAAUGGAGCACAAGGCAGCAGCCCAACUCUGGAGGAAUAUCCGCCAGGGAUGUCCCCUUCUUUGCUCCUCAAAGAAUAGUGUCUGCCUCAGAGGUCAGAGAGGAGAAGAUAGAGAUCAGCGACUUCUGUGACAGGAGAAUGAUGGUACAUCGUGAGAAGCCACUUGGUUACCCAAGGGCACUCAUUUUUGAAGAAGGCUCUCCAGCCCUAAAAUUUCUAGGCAGACCUGACUAUCAUUCACAAAUCCAAAAGCAUCAAGAUAAGAGUAUGGUAAUUGAGCGCCCUUCUUCGGGAGGUGGCUGGUCUGACGUGAAUGAGAUUUCUGCCUUCAGAUUCCCUCAGGAGGAGCCAGUCUUACUCAGUCCCGUGAUAAUUUCAAAGCCUCCAUCCUUCACAGCUGAGCCUGUCACCUACUGGCCUAAUUUGUAUAGUGGUCCUUGGCGUAACUCUGCCAGCUACUGGCCCAGUAGUCCCAAGCCUCCUUGCUCUCUCUCCAUGGGCGGCAGCAACACAUCCCAGGUUGGGAAGAGCAGCCAGAAUUUCUUGAGUGGUUAUACCUUCAGUUUUCCAGUGUACUCCCCAACCUGGCUCAGAGAACUGAAGGCAUCAGAAGAAGAUCAGUCUCUGAAUUCUCAUUCAUUUCAUUUCUCCAGAAGUUCAGAAGCCAGGAUGAAGGAGAGGAGACACCAUCUCCAAGAGGAGACACCAUCACGUUCUUGGGGAGGAUAUGCAUCUUGUUGCCUGCCAAGGAACUACUGGCAACAAAGCCUACAGCAGGGUUUCAUUGAUACCCAUUGUCACCUGGACAUGCUCUAUUCCAAGUUGUCUUUCAAAGGGACGUUUGACAAGUUCAGAAAAAUUUAUAGCUACUCCUUCCCUAAGGAAUUUCACGGCUGCAUCUCUGAUUUCUGUGAUCCUCGCACACUGAAGGAUGGUCUGUGGGAGGAGCUGUUGAAAGAGGAUCUGGUCUGGGGGGCCUUUGGCUGUCACCCCCAUUUUGCACGUUACUACAAUGUGAGUUACGAAAGAAAUAUUGUGCAAGCCUUACGGCACCCCAAGGCUGUAGCAUAUGGAGAAAUUGGCUUGGAUUACUCCCACAAGUGCACCACACCUGUCCCACAGCAGCACGAGAUAUUUGAGAGACAGCUGCAGCUGGCCGUGUCUCUAAAGAAGCCCAUGGUGAUCCACUGCCGAGGAGCUGAGGAAGAUCUGAUGGGCAUCCUGAAAAAAUUUGUGCCCUCUGACUACAAGAUCCAUAGGCAUUGCUUCACUGGCAGUUACGCAGUCAUCAAGCCCCUUCUGGACUACUUCCCCAACAUGUCUGUGGGCUUCACUGCACUCCUGACUUACUCUUCUGCCUGGGAGAUCCGGGAUGCUCUGAAAAAGAUCCCACUGGAGAGAAUCGUCGUGGAAACCGAUGCUCCCUUCUUCCUCCCUCGUGGGGUUCCCAAAAGCCUUUGCCCGUUUGCCCACCCAGGCCUGGCCCUGCAUACGGUUCGAGAGAUUGCCAGAAUCAAAGAUCAGCCACUCUCCCACACCUUGGCCACCUUACGAGAGAACACUAGUCGCCUCUACAAUAUUUAA